AGGAGAGGAGCGCUGCUUAGCUCAGCGUUUUCUUCAUGUGACAGAAUGAGGUCAUAAGGAGGCGGGCCAAGCGGGGCGAGUGGCCGCGGAGGAGAGGUUACAAUGAAGCUUAUAAUUCUAGAGAAUUAUGCUCAGGCCAGUGAAUGGGCCGCAAAGUACAUUAGGAACAGAAUAAUCCAGUUUAAUCCAGGACCAAAUAAAUAUUUCACUCUUGGACUUCCCACUGGAAGUACACCAUUAGGAUGCUACCAAAAACUGAUAGAAUAUUGUAAGAAUGGAGAUCUCUCUUUCAAAUACGUGAAAACCUUCAAUAUGGAUGAGUAUGUAGGUCUUCCAAGGGAACAUCCAGAGAGUUACCAUUCCUUCAUGUGGAAUAACUUCUUCAAGCAUAUUGACAUCUCUGCUGAAAACACUCACAUUCUGGAUGGGAAUGCAGCUAACCUGCAGGCAGAGUGUGAGGCAUUUGAAGACAAAAUAAAAGAGGCUGGAGGAAUAGAACUCUUUGUUGGGGGUAUCGGUCCAGAUGGUCAUAUUGCCUUCAAUGAACCAGGGUCAAGCCUGGUAUCCAGAACUAGAGUGAAGACAUUAGCUAUGGACACAAUAUUGGCUAAUGCUAGAUUCUUUGAAGGUGAUCUUUCCAAAGUGCCCACAAUGGCUCUCACAGUUGGAGUGGGUACAGUCAUGGAUGCCAGAGAGGUUAUGAUUCUGAUCACAGGAGCCCAUAAAGCAUUUGCAUUAUACAAAGCAAUUGAAGAAGGAGUGAACCACAUGUGGACUGUUUCUGCCUUUCAGCAACAUCCACGAACUGUCUUUAUAUGCGAUGAUGAUGCUACUUUGGAACUUAAAGUGAAAACUGUGAAGUAUUUUCAAGGGUUGAUGCUUGUUCACAACAAACUAGUGGAACCACUCUACAGUAUGAAAGAAGUUGGAGCAGAAAGUCAGUCUGAAAAACCCUACAGCGACUAGCCUCUUGGGAGCCUAAGUAAUUGGCUAAGUAGAUCUUUCUGUUACCAUUACAAGAAGUUGGUGGACAGCAGCCUUUCAAUAUGCAAAAUACAGUAUUGGACUCGAAUUAUUGGAAAGCAUCCUUUUUUUCCUCCAGGUGAGGUAGUAGGAGUGGAUACAGCUGCAUCAAGCAUUUUCAAGCAUUUCAGGACUAAUUAGCAUCAGUUUCCCACUGUUUUAAGAACUUAGACCAAACGAAGUAACAGCAACUCCAUUUUCUUAAUAAAUGAGUCUAAGGGUUGCUGGAAUGGAUAAUCUAGAAUCUUAGAUUAUAUAUAGAAAUGAAAUCUACAGACUCUGAACUUUUCAUUAAUUUUUGUAUAUUAAAAGUAUAAAUGUUUGUAAACAAAUUGGGGUAUAUUUAUUCUUUAAGAGUUGGAAACAUGGAGUUGGAUUUCAUGAGAAUGUCGUUUUUCAGGAACUGAAAAAAUCACAAGAGCUUUUUCAGAUAAUCUGCUAUGCCUCAACUCCUAAUGUGGAAAUAUCAGAGUUCUCCAAAGUGGUACAAUUAUGUACUGUGAGGAACCGUUCCACUCUUGGUUCUUGUUCUCCAUUAUUACCCAAGUCACCUUUUCCCAACCUGAUGUCCUUUUGCUAGGAAUUCUGUGUAUUGCAAUUCAACCUGGAAGAUACUAAGGUAGGGAAAGCCAAUGCAGAGCUUCUAAGAGUGCAGAAAAAACAUACUACUCUCUUCCUUCUCUAUUCCCUAAUUGGCCUGCAGAAGACUUCUUGGCAUUUAUGCCUGCUCUUUAAAAGUUUUCCAUUGGCUUCCAGUUGGUAGGAGGAGCCUGAAAUGCUAACUUUCACCUAUAAAAACUCUAGGUAGGAACAUCAUAUUUCCAACUUCUAUACCUAAGCAUAGAUUUCAUGCUUAACACAUUGCAGAUAGGAAGAGCAGACAUCCUCAUGUCAGCUUAGCCUAUUUCUUCCUGAUCUUCUCUGGGCAGGCAUUUUUUGCAAAUUUGAAUGGAGCAAAUAAUUUAUUAAUCAGAGAGAUGAUCAAAUAAUGAGUUCUUUCACGGACUGACCUGCCAACAGUACUAUUUUGUGGAAACUGAAGGAUGGAUACAAAAUGACUGUUA